GGCCUGUGACCAAGAUCCAGGCACGCAGGGCUCUGCCAUGGCUCAGGACUACGUGUGGUACCAGGGCAUUCCUUUCCCUAUCAUGGCAUACAACCCUGAAUUCAUAAAAGCAACCCAUGAGAAGCUGGUGCUGAAGGACGAGGACAUCAUCACGGUGGCCUACCCCAAAUCAGGAACCCAUUGGUUGGUUGAAGUUCUCUCUCUGAUUCACAGCAAGGGCGAUCCCAAGUGGAUCCGAUCUGCGCCCAUGUUUGUUCGCUCCCCAUGGAUCGAGAAUGAAAUUAGAUACAUAUACACAGUGGAGAAGAAGGAGGGUCCCCCCCUCCUCACCUCCCACCUCCCCAUCCAACUCUUCCCCAAGUCUUUCUUCACUUCCAAGCCAAGGUGAUCUAUGUCAUCAGAAGUCCUAAGGAUGUCCUUAUAUCUGGUUAUUAUUUCUGGGGUUCUACAAAUCUGGCUAAGAAACCAGAGUCACUGCAACAAUACUUUGAAUGGUUCUUGCAAGGACACA